GUACGCACCUGUCUGAGGGAUCAAGGAUUAAUUUAUUUGCCUGUUGUGAUAAACUUAACAACUUGAAGCAAGAACUUCUCGUUUGUCCAAAGACUGGAAAAGAAACCAACUGCGUGAAGCAGCAAAAUUUCUUUCUUUCCAUUUUUCCAGAGGUGAAUUGCCACAGGCUGCUCCAGAAGGACAGCACACUAUGGCGGAAAACAACACGCAAAAGAAGAAGUCUCGGUGGACGUCGCUGGAGAUUGGCCUCCUGACCAUCGUAUCGCUGCUUUUCGUAGUCGUCCUAGCCUUCAUCAUCCUCUUCGUCACGCACAGCAGCAGCAGCAGCAGCAGUGAUGGAGUUUGCACUACGGCUGACUGCACACGCUCAGCAUCUCGUCUCAUUGAGAACAUGGAUCCCACUGUAAACCCAUGUGAAAACUUCUACCAAUAUGCCUGCGGAGGCUGGCUGAAAAAGAAUAUCAUCCCUGAAACCAGCUCACGCUACAGCACCUUCGACAUCCUCAGGGACGAACUGGAGGUUGUGCUUAAAGGUGUGCUGGAGAGAGAUGAUAACCUGAGUGGUAAUAGCUCUUUAGCCAAAGCCAAAACCCUCUACAGGUCCUGCAUCAAUGAAAGUCUCAUUGAGCAGAGAGCUGGAACACCUCUGAUCUCAAUGCUGCCAGAUGUUUUUGACUGGCCCAUCGUGACGGAUGACUGGGACACCAAAUUUGGUGUCAGCUGGAGGGCAGAAGAUGCCAUAGCCAGACUGCAUGAGAAAUAUGGGAAGCGAGUAUUAAUAAGUUUUUUUAUCGGCACAGAUGACCGAGACUCCAAUUCCCACAUCAUCCAUUUCGACCAGCCGAGCCUUGGCCUGCCCUCCAGAGACUACUAUACCUGCACAGGGCCGUAUGAAGAGGCCUGUACCACAUAUGAGAACUUCAUGGUUGAUCUCGCUGUGCUGGUGCGUAAAGACAGACGCUUGGAGGUGAACGAGACAAAAAUCAGAGAGGAAGUGGCCAUAGUGAUGCAGAUGGAGAAGGAGAUCUCUGAUGCUACAGACACACCAGAAGAUAGAAACAAUCCUGUUCUCCUCUAUAACAAGAUGCCCCUGGAGACCCUCAACACCAACUUCACACUUGAGUUCGAGAAAACAGUUUUUAACUGGACUCAUUUUACUAAUAAGAUUAUGGAUGCAAUCAACCUUCCCAUUGAGGACAGUGAGCAAGUCAUUCUUUAUGCCCCGAACUACUUGAGGAGGCUCAACCCUGUCCUGGCUAAGUACACAAAGAGAGACGUCCAGAACUACAUCGUGUGGCGUUUCGCUAUGAACAUGGUGGUUGGCCUGAGCAGAGCGUACAGAGACACCAGGAAAGCUUUUAAAAAGGCCAUCUCUGGUACCAGUUCAGAGGCAGCAAUAUGGAGGCAGUGUGCGGUCUACGUCAACAGCAACAUGGAGAAUGCUGUCGGCAGACUGUAUGUAGAAGAAGCCUUUGCUGGAGACAGCAAGGACAUGAUGGAUGAGAUGAUCGCUGGCAUCAGAGAGGUGUUUGUGAAUAACCUACAAGACCUAUCAUGGAUGGAUGAUGAAACCAAGAAAGCUGCGGAAGAGAAGGCUCAAGCUAUUCGAGAGAGAAUCGGAUUCUCAGAAAACAUCAUGAACGAUACGUUUCUGGACGAGGAAUACAAAGAACUAAGCUACAGUUCAGAGGAAUACUUUGAGAACAUCCUGAAAAAUCUGGAGUUCGGUCAGAAGAAACAACUGAAGAGGUUGAGGGUGAAAGUGAACAAGGAAGAGUGGAUCUCUGGAGCAGCGGUGGUCAAUGCGUUCUAUUCAUCCAGCAGAAAUCAAAUAGUAUUUCCUGCUGGUAUCCUCCAGCCUCCUUUCUUUGGUAAAGGACAGCCCUGGUCUCUCAACUAUGGCGGCAUUGGCAUGGUGAUUGGCCAUGAGAUCACUCACGGUUUUGACGAUAACGGCCGCAACUUUGAUAAAGACGGAGAUCUGAAGGACUGGUGGACUCCGUCCUCAACACAGAAGUUCCAGGAACUCUCAAAAUGUAUUGUGGACCAGUACAGCACCUUUUCCUGGGACCUGGCAAAUGGACAAAAUCUUAAUGGGAAUAACACGCUUGGGGAGAAUAUUGCUGACAAUGGGGGCAUUCGCCAGUCUUAUCAAGCAUACCAGGACCACGUCAAGAAGCAUGGAAAGGAAGCUCCAUUGCCUGGAAUUGAUCUUAACCAUGAGCAACUCUUCUUCUUAAACUUUGCUCAGGUCUGGUGUGGAACGCAUAGACCCGAACACGCCGUUAACUCCAUUAAAACUGACGUCCACAGUCCAGGGAAGUUCAGGGUUCUCGGAUCUUUGCAGAACUUCCCAGAGUUUGCCAAAGCUUUCAAGUGCCAGAAAAAUGACUUCAUGUGGCCUGAAAAGAUGUGCCGAGUGUGGUGAUGACGCCACAUCCAGGGACAUUAAGGGCAUUUAACGAGCCCUGACUUCACUCUUAUGACUGUAUGACCUCCUCGGUCCCAGACUAAGAAGGUCUGAUGUUCUCCACAGGGUAGACUGUCUUCACCGAUGCAUUUCAGUCAUGUACAGACAUGGGGUGCUUCCUUAGAUCCACUCCUACAUGUCAAUUAAUUAGUUCAUUUUAGUCUGAAGAGAUCAUCAUGUGAUCUGUGGUUUAUUGUUUAUAAGAUGAAAUGUAAAGGUAUUGUCAUAUACUUAAAACUUUUUAUGUUAAUAUCAAAUCAAACUGUGAAUCCAGGAGAUAGGUAGCAUUUUUCUAUGUUAAAGAUAUAUCACUAUUCAUUUAAACAUGGCAACUUUAGUAUGCUUUGGUUAGAUGAUAUUUGUAAUAUUUUACAAAAAAAACAAAAAAACAAAAAAACAACAACAACAAAAAAAAAACACAAUACGGGCUGAAAAUGUACAAAAAAAUAUUAAAGGUAUAUGAAAUAUAGACACAGGGAUUAUACAGUAUUAGGAAUCACAGAUUUUUAAAACAUUAUGUUAAUAUGGCUUGUAUUGCACUGGAUGUUAGAUUAAGAAUAAUGCAGCAAACCUAAGUUGGAAAUUUGUCGAAAGGCUACAGAUUUAUAACCGUGUUAGUCACUGAUUUGAUACUAAAUUUUGAAGUGCUCGGUAUAUUAUGGAACAAGCACCUAUGAUCUUUUGAGAUUUGAUACUGUGUGAUGAAAUGAUAUGAUGUCUAAUAUGCCAAUGGAUAUGAAUUGUGUGCUUGUAAAUGAGUUGUGUGUAUGUGUGUAUGUGUUUGUGUGUAUGUGUGUGUAUGUGUGUUAAAGAUUCUACAUACCUACCAUCAAUGCCACCAAUGAGAGACUGCCUUAAGAUAAUCACGAGAGUCUGUUGCAAAAUUACAAGCAUUUUUCUUUUACACAUGUUCAGGUUCACAUAAAUGACAAAUGACUUGCUACUUAUGCCAAAGAGGUGACAAUAUAUACUCUCACUCUGUGCCCUUGUGAAAACCUCAAAGUAAAGUAUUAGAUUUGUCAGUGAAGCGAAAUUUACAGUUCUGUGUUAAAGUCUUAGGCACACUACAGUACGUUUUUUUUUUUUUUUUUUUUAGCUAUUUGAGCUAUUUUGUCAAUAGAAGUAUUUCCCAUUAAAAACUAAACUAAACUAAACUAUUAUAUCGUCGCUGUCGGGCGGAAUCCUCAUAUCUCCAAAAUACGAGAUUUUUCGAUUUUUAGAUUUUUUUUUUUGAAGACAUUUACCUCAGAAGACGUGUUGAUUCAUUGCGACUCUUAUUAAGGAGAAAUAUGCCGCGAAGCUCUCCCGCGGAGUGAGGAAGAGGUGGACAGUUGAAGUGUCCAAUGGAGUUAUGAGAUUUGUGCUCAAGCUAUUUUCAAGACUUUAGAUUGGUUAAUAACUUGUAAAAAUAACAGACCCACGUGGGGACUGACCAAUAGCAUCGAUAUGUGAAAAAAUAUGAAAUUGACCAAAUUUGGACAUACGAGGUUUCCGCCCGACAGCGACGAUAUUUAAAUUACCUUAAUUUAUAUUUUAUUAUAUUAUACCACAAUUUCGUUGAAUUCUCGGUAGGUGUUGAAUAACGAUCUCUAACCAAUCACAGGCUUAUAUUUAUAUAUCCAAACUCUAUAAUCGUAUAUUGAUCUAAUAAAACCAGAUUUAGGAAACA